AUGGAUAACUUGGAAGGGAUGCUCCUGGUCCCUCCAGAACGAGGCCAGAUUCUUGGUAGAGCUGUUUGGAAGCUGCGAUAUGUUGUCGUUGGUAGACGUAACACCAGAGGUGGCCCUAGUCAAUCACAGUUUACAUCCAACGGUCGCAACAACAGUCUUGGGGGCAGCAGAUCUUUCCCCAAACUACCCAUAGAAGAAUCCUGUAUACUCAUCUACAAACACAAGGACGACAAUGAGCCAAUUCAGCAAUGGCCAGUGAACUCUAUCACCGAUUGCCAGGUCCAGCAGAUCAAUCACCGCAAACAGGGCCCUGUUCUUCCUACUCUCGUCAUAUCUGUUGCCGACAAAGAGAAGAAGCGACGUUCGAGCCGGGCUGCCGGUCUCAUAUCAUCGAGCAAAGAAGCUAGCGCGACGACUCUGUGGUUUCGCACGCCUCCAGACGAUCAUCAUCUCAGUUUACAUGAGUGGGCACGCAACAUUCUUGCUAGAAAAUCUCCGAUGAGUCCAGAGAGCCCAAUGUCACCCCAGUUCUCCAAUCCUUUUGCCUCGAUGUCUCGCGACACCUCCGAUUAUUUCUCCCGGCCAACUAGUGGAAACAAAUCCGGCCGUUCUGAUCCACGGAGUCUUCAACACAAGAGCUCUAUCAAUACCCAAUCAACAAAUACAACCACCACCACCAGAGAACGGCCCCUCACAUUCAGUUCCGAAUCCCCCAGUUUACGAUCAAAACGCAGCGAUGUCUCUUCCCCUUCGAGCAACAAUUAUCCAAUUCAGCAGAUGAAUUUUCCGAUUCCUGGGCAGCACUACACUACGGUCCUUCCAACUGAUUUGCCAUCCCCUGUCAACACCACAGGAGAUUAUCAAGGGGAAUUCAUUGAGGGGUGGACCUCCGCACAAGGGAGGUCAUCCACAAUGAGCUCGCCGAUCCGCGGUCGCAGCAGUAUUGGCUCUCAACCACAUCCCUCUAUCGCAGCGAUAGAGUCCAGCUCUCCGCCUGGGCCACGUGAGACCAUCUUGGACAGAGCGUUUCAGAUGCGAUGCAUUCCUGGCUCGGAGCGAGAGGUGCCUGGCGAGGAGAAGUUGAGCUCGUUAGCUCGAUUUGAUGCAUUGAUGCGAGAAGCUGACGACAAAAUGAAACAGAGGGCAGAAGCCGAACGAGCCCAACAAUUGGCAAUGCGCAGUGCUUUCGAGGCCUCUGACAGUUCCAGUCAAGAUGAUGAAAGUGAUUCCGACGAUUUGGACGAGGAUGCAUAUGGAGGCGUCCCUGAUCGACGAGGUCCGGCCUUGAUACCUUCGACAACACAAAGGGCAUUGCAGUUUAUUACUGAUCGUCGCGACCCAGCACCGCUAUCACCAUCCAGCCGUUCUUCGGUAUCAAGGACUCCAAUGAUACCCCAGUCACCUCCUAUACGACCGCACACUGCACAUGCCAAGACGAGGCCUAAUCCCACGCAGAGGACCAACAGUACCCCUCAAAUGAUUGCCAGCAUGGCUAGGCUAGAAUUGGCAGCACCCCCAAACAAGGUGUCUGACGAUUCCUCAUUAAGGUCGAAUGGAGACAAGCGUCUCUCCACUUCAAGCACUGCUACCAAAAGGUUGAGUUUCACCGAAUUUACCAAAAGACUAUCGAGCACCAGUAGCUUACUGUUCGUCCAGACGAACGCUAGUGGGAGGAGUUCCCGGAGAAGCAGCGAGAUCGACAUCCAGCCCUCGUCCCUACCACGUGGGACACUGAAUCCACAAAGAUUUGCAGUGCCCACCCGAGACCAAGACCGAGACCAAAGCUCGGGCGAUGUCACCACGAGAUGCGGAUGGCGCAACAGUGUUGGCGUUGUCAGUAGAGAUGGCACCUUCUUCUGA